CGGCACGUGAAGGUCGCGGCGCGGCGGCACCGGGAGGGACCGGGGGGACACCGCGGGGACAGCGGGGGGCUCCAGGGCCGCCAUGGACUCGCCGUCCGGCGCCGGGCUGGGCGGCGCCGACCCGCAGCUCCAGCGCUUCAUCGAGGUGGAGACGCAGAAGCAGCGCUUCCAGCAGCUGGUGCACCAGAUGACCGAGCUGUGCUGGGAGAAGUGCAUGGACAAGCCGGGCCCGAAGCUGGACAGCCGGGCCGAGACGUGCUUCGUGAACUGCGUGGAGCGUUUCAUCGACACCAGCCAGUUCAUCCUGAACCGGCUGGAGCAGACGCAGAAGUCCAAGUCGGCCUUCUCGGAGAGCCUGUCCGACUGAGCUGGACCCAGCCCCUGCCAGGCCAGGCCUGGCCCAGGCCCACUCCUCCCGAAGGAGCCAGGAUCAGCUCAGGGGGUUAGGAUUUAAUUAAAUGCCAUCUCGGGGAAGCUGCAGCCAGAUGAGAGCCCACAACAGAGACACGGACGCUCCAUGCCGGGGUGAUGUGCCGCUCCCGGUGGCUGCCUUUGUGCUGGGACCCUGCACUUGGGACGUGCCCCCUCGGCUGAGGAGAGGGGUGGUGAUGCUCAUUCCAUGGGUGUUUCCAGUGCUGAUGUGAAGCUGGGCUCUGGGUGAGGCCAGCCUGUGGUUGCUGCCUUAAACAGUGCUGCAGAGACCAGCCCUCCUGGGUACGUGCUGACAUCCCCCCAGGCACCAUCCCAGGCUGGGACAGGCACCUGAGCCAGAAGAGCUCCUUGGGAACAGUGAUCAUCCCAGGCAGUGUCACCGCUGGAAAAUACUGUCAGGCUUCCGUAGGUAAAUCAUUCAUAUGCCCAAGUGACCAAUUUUCACACUGCAGCACAACUCUGUCGAUGCUGACUUGCUCCAUUAACUGCUUUCCCUGGGUAAUGUAAUAAAUAAUAACUGGGUCAAUUUUUAACAUGAGAUUCUCCUUUGUUCAGGUAGAUCACGGCUGAGAAUGGAAAAUCUGGCCUUCUUGUCACUCCCCCUCCAUCCCAGUGAUCCUGUUUGUUGUAAAAUUAAUAGGAAGAGGGCAUAAUUGUCUUUGGCUAGAAGGGUUUUUUUCUGAAUUGUGAUUUGUUGCUGAAUUAAUUUGGUCCCAUGAAUCAAACCUGUUUCUGGGAGAGUCUGUGGCCUUCCCCCUUCUUCCCUAAAGGUUUAACAGCUCCUGCUGUCCUGUAGUUUCUUUAGAGAGACUGAAAGCAGGAAAUAACUAACCAGCUGCUUUAUCACCUCGUGCACUUUUACCUGUGGAGGUCGCUGGUGGGAGGCCCGUGGGUGUGUCUUCUGGACCUCUGCCCCCAGGACACAAAGAGGAGCUUCUAACUGGAAAAACAACCAACAACUGAUCCGCUCUCUGGGAAGGCAGUGUGGCUCUGGGGAGCCUGGGGCUGGACAGCACCUGUGAGUGGCUUGUGGCCAGCAAGCCUUCCUGGGAACAAAUUCAGGAUGUGUUAAACAGCUGUGCUGAUAUAAACCCACAUCAGUGAGGACACAGCUGUCUGGUUAUCUUUCAGAAACUUACCUCAAUAGCUAAGGACUAGGUUCCCAGAGUAAGUGGUUCCCUCUCCUGUCCUAACUUGAAUUUCUCUGGAGCAUUCGCAGAGUUCUUCCUACCCCUGUGAUUCUUCACACCUUUCAGCUAGCCCAGCUCUCGGUACAAAUGUAUCACUCACCACUUGAGGAACUGAACAGAUCAGUUUUUAAUAGAAUACAGUAAGCAGGUGCUUCAUCAACCUGCACAGCAGAUGUUGCAUGAAGAGGUUGGUCCCUCUGAAGAGCCACAGCAGCACGUGGCAGCACCACUGAAGUUUCCCAGUUUGGGCUGUAUUCUGUUCUUGGAUGUGAAUCUGUAAAUAAAUUCUAGCAGAGUGAGCAAAACAA